AUGAGUGACUCCAUUGACCGGGUAUUUGUCCGUGCUAUCAACACAAUCCGGACACUCUCCUCACGGCCAGGAUACUCCUCGCGACCCCGCCCCCCUAUCGAGUCGCGCAUCCAGCUCUAUGGAAUGUACAAGCAGGCCACCGAGGGCGACGUGAUGGGUGUCAUGGCCCGUCCGGUUGGAGAUUCGGAGAUUGAUGUGGCUGGCCAGAAGAAGUGGGACGCCUGGAAACAGCAGCAGGGGCUGUCCAAGACCGAAGCCAAGCGCAGAUACGUGUCGUUCCUCAUCUCCCUGAUGAACACGUACGCCUCAGAUACUCACGAGGGGCGCGAGCUGCUGGCGGAGCUGGAGUACAUGUGGGAUCAGAUCAAGGACGUCGCGUCGGACUCUGAGGGCGCCGAGGAGGAGCUUUACGAGGACGCUGUCGAGUAUCCCUCUCGAUCGGCUCUGGGACGGGCCGAAGUUGGCACUUCUCCCAGUCACGUGAGCCAUGGCAGUGGAGGUGGCGCCCAUGGUAGUGGGGUGGGCGGAUCAAGCCGAGCACAGCAGGGGUCCAACCUGACGCAUGGCUCAGGCAACUCGCGAUCACACCAUACUGCCAUUGCGCCGCAUCCACAGAGCAAUCUGGUCCAGAGCCAGAGCCAACAUCAGCAUCAGCAGCAUACUCCUCCGAUUCCGUCGGACAGGUUCAAGAGCGACAUGGCCUGGGCUCUGCGAACCAUCAACGAGGAGAUGGCAGACAUGGCGAAGCAGUACCGGCCAGCGGAUCCGUCCGAACCGCGCCGAAACUGGAGGCGGCGAGUCCUGUUGCUCUUGCGGGCAAUAGGUGUGCAUGUGGGUAUUGAUAUGGUGCUGUUUGCUAUUCUUGCAGCUAUUUUGAAGGCCCGACGAGGCGGUAAGGGGCCUGCGGUUUCACGGGGAGUGGUUUCUCCCGUGCACACUUUCCCUACCAGAGUGCUAUCUCUUGCAUCUCUUGGAGAUCACAUUUCGUAUCAUAUCAUUCAGAUGGCCGACGGCGUGUAUGGAUAUGCCGUUGCCUGGGUUAGCAUGUCGUAG